AAAAAAAAAAUCUCACUUAUCUAUCAUUGUUGAUUUGCUUGUUCGGUUUAACUUGCACACGAAUGAAUAUAAACAACUAAACAAAGUUUUGUUUAUGUUCAUUUGGUUUGCCCUCACUCUCAACAAAACUUUCGUUAUAAAUACGUUCUCAACAAUUCAAGUCACAAGGACCCACAACGACCCAACAUUUACUACCCACAACGCUCUUCUCGCCAUCUUCCUAAUCCUACCGACUUUCUAUAAAUCUUAAAUCAGCAACACUCCAUCCGUCGUCAUCAACCACAACCACCGGCGAAAAUGGUACAUCCGAUUGCAGAGGCCAACGAAACCAGCCCCUUCGGAAAACGUACACCGGAGGAAUUCUACGCCCAUCAUUCACUUGUCCAUACCACCGACCAUCUUAUAAACCCAAGAGGCCUUAAACUCUUCACGCAGUCUUGGACGCCACUCCCGCCGACCAAAAUCAUCGGCGUUAUCUGCGUUAUCCACGGUUAUACCGGCGAGUCAAGCUGGUUCGUACAACUAACCUCCGUCUACCUCGCCAAGGCUGGAUUCAUCGUCUGUGCUAUCGACCACCAGGGUCACGGAUUCUCCGAUGGUCUCAGACUUCAUAUCCCUGACAUCAAUCCAGUCGUCGACGACUGUAUCUCGUUCUUCAACUCGUUCCGUGAAAAACACGCGCCGUCGCUUCCUUCUUUUCUCUACUCCGAAUCCCUCGGUGGCGCUAUCGCUCUUCUCAUCACCCUCCGCCGCGACGGGAAACCCUUCGACGGAUUAGUCCUUAACGGUGCCAUGUGUGGGAUAAGCGAAAAGUACAAGCCACCGUGGCCGUUGGAGCACUUCCUCUCCAUCGCCGCGGCGGUGAUCCCUACGUGGUGCGUGGUUCCCACUCGCGGCUCUAUUCCGGAGGUGUCGUUCAAGGUAGAAUGGAAGCGGAAAUUAGCGAUGGCUAGUCCGAGGAGAUCCGUGGCGAGACCUCGCGCAUCCACUGCGAAAGAACUCCUUCGGAUUUGCAGGGAUGUGCAGAGUAAGUUCGAGGAAGUAGACUUGCCGUUGCUGAUAAUUCACGGCAGCGAUGACAUUAUUUGCGAUCCGGCGUGUGUGGAGGAUCUGCACCGACGCGCCGCCAGUAAGGAUAAGACGUUAAAGAUAUACCCCGGGAUGUGGCAUCAGUUGAUCGGAGAAGAAGAUGAUGACGUGGAGCUAGUGUUUGCAGAUGUGGUUGAGUGGCUGAAGACCCGGGCCACAAGCGGCGGAGAUUCUUAAAACUGCCGCCGUGUUAAAGCUGUGAAAUGAAUGACUAGCGAGUUGUAAUAGUCUUUAGUUAUAAAUUAAUAAGAAUCCAUUUACGAAUUAA